UCCGGUAUUUUUUUUUGCGUCCAUAUUGUUAUAAAACAAUCUGGGAUCGGCCUGUCAUCGUGUUUUUGAGCUUCAAAACCUUCUUCAAGCAACUCAGGUUCAUGAGCUUAUCCCCUGCCUUGUGCCUGCGGCGGAAUUUAAACAUUUGGUCCAAAAAUCUCAGCCAUGGCGUAUCUUCCGAUGAUCAAAAGCUACUUUUUCUACUGAAAUCAUGCAAUGGAACUUCAGAAAUCUCUCAAAUCCACUGCUACAUGGUCAAGACUGCUCUUGACCUCGUCCCUUUCACAUUAAGCAAACUUCUUGCAUCCGCCAUACUGGAUAUCAAGUAUGCAGCUUCCAUUUUCAAGGUUAUACGAAACCCGAAUCUCUUUAUGUUCAAUACUAUGCUUAGAGGCUAUUCUAAUAGCGAUGAUUCAAAACAAGCUUUUGUUAUUUUCAAUGACCUGAGGAAUCAGGACUUCUUGCCUGAUGAGUUUUCUUUCAUAACAAUUCUGAAAGCCUGUGCUCGAGAAUUAGCAAUUGAUGCUGGGCAGGGGGUUCAUGGGAUUGUUCAUAGAUCUGGGCAUGGUUUAUUCAGUCAACUAAAUAAUAUGCUUCUACAUUUUUACUGCGCGUGUGGCCAAAUUGGAGAUGCCCGUAAACUGUUUGAUGAAAUUCCUCAAAGAAACGACUUGGUAUCGUGGAAUACUUUGAUGGGUGGUUAUCUUCAUGCAUCUCAGCCCACUGUUGUUUUAGAUUUUUUUAGACAAAUGUGUAGGAGAGGUUUGAUAGCCGGUGCUAAUACAGUAUUAACUGUUUCAUCUGCUGUGGGUGAUGUCGGCCAUUCCUUAGAUGGAAGGUCUCUUCAUGGACAAUGUAUUAAGCUGGGUUUAUGUUCUGAUCUCAAUGUGGUUACUUGUUUGAUUAAUAUGUAUGCAAAAUUUAAAGAUUUGGAAUCAGGACAGCUGAUCUUUGAUGAAGUUGCUGAGAAGGAUGUUGUUGUCUGGAAUUGUUUGAUAGAUAACUAUGCUAGAAAUGGCAUGUUAGAAAUCGCAAUAGAUUCACUACAUCUCAUGAAACAUGAAGGAAAGCAACCCAAUUCAUCCACAUUGGCAGGAUUACUUUCAGCUUGUUCUACGUUCGGUGCUGUCGGUACAGGUAAAUACCUUGGCCAUUAUGUGGAGGAGGAAGGACUGGUUCUAGAUGCUGUUCUUGGAACAGCUCUAAUUGAUAUGUAUGCUAAAUGUGGGUUCCUAGACAAGGCGAUCGACAUUUUCGAUAAGAUAAAGGAUAAAGAUGUAAAGACUUGGACCGCCAUGAUCACUGGUUAUGGGGCUCAUGGUCAGACAAAGAAGGCUAUUGACACUUUGUUUAGGAUGGAGGAGGAGGGUUUUAGGCCCAACGAAAUAACUUUCUUGGCUGUCUUGAAUGCUUGUAGUCAUGGAGGCAUAGUGAUAGAGGGUAUGAGAUGUUUCAAGAGAAUGGUGUAUGAAUAUCGAAUGACACCAAAGAUUGAGCACUAUGGAUGCAUUAUUGAUCUUCUUGGUCGUGCAGGGUUGUUGGAGGAAGCUCAUAAGCUAAUCAAGAGCUUGCCUUCCGAGGGCGAUAUAACGGGUUGGCGUGCGCUGCUGGCAGCCUGUAGGGUAUAUGGAGAUGUUGAGCUGGGAGAGUCUGUGAAGAGAAUGCUAGUUGAUUUAAAUGAUGAACACCCCACGGAUUCAAUGCUCCUGUCUAGUACAUAUGCUGUUGCUGGGAGGCUGUCUGAUUAUACACAGUAUCAGCAAAUUGAGGAAGAAAACAGAAUGAAAGAAGGAAUUAGUUCAUCUCAAAUGCGAACUGAGAAGGCAAGAAAAGAAGCUGGUCGUAGUAUGAUUGAGAUGGAUAAUUUGUAUUAGCCUAAACUAUUUAGGAAUAACUGACCUGGUGAAACCACAGGAGAUGUACAUCAUUUUAGUUUGAUUUAAAUGAUUCAUAUCUUUGUCUGUCUCAUGGUAGAAUGUAGUUAGAGAAAGAAAGAUUGUGAGAUCCCACGUCGGUUGG